UAUGUAUCAGGUUUGGAAAUUUCCUUCCGGCGAACCAAUUAGCCGUGAAGAGGACAUCUUUGCAACAAGUUGCGUUCUAACGCCAGAGAAAGAGAGGGUAAUAGUAUCAUCUUCAAACACUCAUGCAGAGGCGAUUUUUCAAGUAAUCUUAGUUUCAACUGGAGAAAUUCUAAAGAAGUUUUGUCUAAAAACUCACGCGAUCAUUACCGAAAUGCAAUUAACCGCCGAUGGCCUAUCAAUUGUAGGACGUAAUCAACCGGAAAAGAAAGCUUCAAAUUAUUCAUAUAUAUCCUUUAAAUAUGGUCAGAAUUCUUUUAACGCCUACGAUUUCCUUAGAGGUCAAUCGUACGAUUCAUAUUCACCAACUUCUACAAUCGUUCUAAAGAACGGCUUAGCUGCGUCUACAGGACUAAAUGGGGAUAUUCAAUUGUGGGACGUUUCUACGUGCGAAUACGAAGGUAAUCUAUGCGAAGAUGAAACAGUUAAGGAUACAAGAAAUCCAUCAUUACACAAUCACGAAGGAUCGCUAAUAAACUGCAUGAAACAUUCCGACGAUGGAAAAUAUUUAAUAUGUGGUGCGUCUAAUGGUGGUGUAUCGUGUUGGGAUUUGGAUAACGAUGCUCUCUUAUACUCUAUCAACGCACAUAAACCAAAUUCAGUUCGCUGUGUUGCGGUCAGUAGCGAUAGCCAAGUUAUAGUCACUGCUGGUAGUGAUUUUAUAGUAAAAGUAUGGUCUCUCUCCAAACCCGAUAAACCAAUUUGUACAACAUUUAUUCAUUACUUACCAAACGAUUUAAUAAUCAGUAAAGAUCGGCAACAAAUGGUAAUAAUUGGUCAACAUGCCUACCAAUCAAAUCGUUUAAUGUUGUUUCGUUUAAGAAACACCUAA